AUGGGGAAGCUGGUGGUACCUUCUGACAUUACGCUGUUGGAGGCGCAGCAACAGACGGGUCCUCGUCGCCUCCGCUUCCUGGAACGCUGUGGUUUGUGGAGUGUACCCCCCAUGUACCAUUUUGCGUACACGAAGCUGGACCGACAGGGCAUGAGGGCGGUCCUAACCAGGGCCUACGAUCGUGAAUGCCCAGACGCAGCAACAGAUAUUUGCAGAAGAAGACAAGAGAGCAUCCGAAAACGAGUCGUAGCGCAGAACGGGGUAUGGGCUGGCGCCCUCCUCGCUACAGGCGUAGUGCAUUAUUCUAUGCGCCACUAUGACUACAAGGCCAAGCUCAUUGCACUCCCAUUUAUCGCGUAUGGGGGUUCGUGGAUAGGCCGAUGGGUGGCAGGGGGUCUUGUGGGGCGCUGGAAGGAAUGGGGCAGAGAUAGGGCCUUGGGGGAGCUCCCCGCCAGAGUAGUUUAUAACUCCUGA